CCUGUGGCGCUAACAAGUAGCUGAAUUAACAACCUCAGAAGAGGGAUAACCAAUCCCCUUUCAAUUAAUGCGCUAAGUUGGAAGAGUAUCAUUUUCGAUGCUGAGCAUUGAUCACUGAGAUUCCUGGUUCUCGCAACCUCCAUACGGAUUAUGGACCGGAUAUCAACUUACGUAUCAAGAAAGUCUGGUUCAUUUCCUAGCUUUAUGGCUCGAAAAAGUGAGAUCUAUUUACCGGUCUCGACCAAGCCGCAACCCAAGUUCAGGGUGAAGGCACUACUAGGUCACUGCCUCUACCGGAGAGUGGUGAUAUGGACUGUAGUGAUAAUUAUCUUAUUAUCUUUCACUCUCUUCAAUCCGAGGAUUACUGCACGAUCACGAGAUGUAUUCGAUCUGGUACACGGAAGCAAGGGAGAGACGAAGACAACACCUCAGAUCUCUGAGAACAUAGGUCUUCAGAAGCAAGAUGGUCAAGAAGACCGAAUACCGGAAUUAGUCGGAGAGAAGCCAGAAGACGAGGUGAAGGAGCAAGAGGAAGAGGAAAAGGAGAAAGAGAAAGAGAAGCAGAAAGAGGAGGACAACUCCAAAGGCCCGCACUGGCUGAGAUACAAACACCUUGAUGGAUACUAUAACGGCCUAAGGGCGCUUGUACCAUUUUCAGCAUACAAGCCCGAAUAUCCUAAGCCAUCGCCUACAGGACAGGAUGCAGAGCCUUCACCUAUUACUCUUCAUUCCAAGCCUCCAAAGCCUAGUGUGUACCGACCGCAUCCAGACUAUGAUUCCGAGGAGUAUCAGCAGGCAUACGUUCCGGUAAAACGAUGUUACAUUGACGAGGACAACCAAAUCCCCGCUCCAGAUCUGUAUGCGUACAACGGUGUCCCUCAAGGCCAACCAAAAGCGGCCCUCGGGUCCUAUGAAGCGUUGGGCUUGCGAGAGGACGUCUGCUUUGAUCGUUUUGGUCGUUACGGCCCAUACGGCCUUGGAUAUGACUUAGAAGCUGGCGGGACAGGUGAAGCCCUUGAUACUGAACACGAAGGUAGUGAGACCGUCUGGGAGAAGACUGGCAAAAUCAAUUACGACGGUGUUGACUGGGCUGCCGCGCAAGAACGAUGCUACAAGGCCAACGAGGAUCGAUUCUUCACCGGUAACGAAACACGAGAUUUCGAGCUGGCCCAAGCUGGACGUCAAAGGUUGGACCGAAUUGCUAUCGUGAUACGAAUCUACGUCGGUUUUCAGUGGACGAGCCAUGCCCUUCUCAACUUCCGCGCCAUGAUUAAUGAGCUCAGCUUAAGAUCAGGCGGCGAGUACGACGUUCAUUUUCUCCUACACGUUCGUGAUAACAACGCGCCUAUCUGGGCCGAUCCAUCGACAGUUCAGAGCAUACUCGACGUCAACGUUCCCCCUGAGUUCCACGGGCUCUGCACUCUCUGGUCUGAGGCUCAAAUGAAAUUGUAUUAUCCAGGUAACUUCGGUGAAACAUUCGAGAACCCGUCCAACGGUGACAUUCACGGUGUUUACCGGUCCGCGCACAUGCCGCUCCAGCACUUUGCAAUGAUGCAUCCUGAAUAUGCACACUUCUGGAACUGGGAAAUGGAUAUGCGCUGGACCGGGUCAUACUACGAGUUGUUUGAUAGACUUGGCAAAUGGGGUGCGAAGCAGAGCCGCCAAGGCAUGUGGGAAAGGUCAAGCAAAUACUACAUACCCGGCUUGCACGGAAGUUGGGAGAACUUCACAGAACUUGUCGAGCACGAAACUCGGUCAUCGGGCAAGCGACCGAUUUUAGGACCAGUGGUCUUUACUGGAAAAGCUGGUCUGGAGGAUGGUGAUGUUUUUCUGCCGUCGAGCUGCGCAACUGGCUCGGACAUGACACAAUGUGGUGUUGGCGAGGAUGCGGACCUCAUUACACUUAACCCGCUUUUUGAUGCCGAUGAGUCCGGCUGGGUAUUUGCCGGUGAUGUGACCGGUUACGAUAAGCAGUACCAGAAGCCACCAAGAAGGUGUGCUAUUGUGACUGCUUCGCGGUUGUCGCGCCGCCUGUUACGGGUAAUGCAUGAAGAGACGUGGCGACUGCAUCACAGCAUGUUCAGCGAGAUGUUCCCGCCAUCCAUGGCAUUACAUCAUGGCCUGAAGGCUGUGUACGCUCCUCAUCCAGUAUACCUGGACCGCGAUUGGCCCCAGCAGGAGAUCGAAAACGCUUUCAACGGCGGCCGAGACCACACUUCAGGCGGCCACGGCUCUCCAUUCGAUCUUACGAACGAGCAUAAUCAUAAAGGGACAAGCUGGUACUAUAACAGCGAAUUCGCUGGUUUAUUAUGGCGUCGCUGGCUUGGUUAUGCUCAGAUGGAUGGGAGGGGCAAGAAUGGCGGUCGCGCCGGCGAAGGCACCAAGAGAGGCGGGCAGAAGGAGGAAGAGAACCCGAAGAACUCCGGACGGUUAUGCCUACGCAGCAUGCUAGUACACCCCAUUAAGUGGGAGAAUCCUGCCGAGCAGGACUAGAAGUAAUAAUAAUAUAGAGGAGGUCAAUUUUCUUUUACGCAAAGUUUUAGAGCUCGUCGAAGCACGACCACGGCCAAAACCAGACGGACACAUAGAAUGGGACAACUGGAAUUUAUGGCAUCACAGGAACAGAGUCCUAUGAGGAACCAUUCAUAAUGCCCGGUACAGGGUACCACGAGGCAAUGGCAUUUUAGGGGCGUUCGCAUAUGAGGAGUCCGGUGCGGUAGUUUUACUCUGAAGGUCAUUUCGACAGUGGCAUCGCGCACGUUGAGCAGGUCGUUUGAGGAAGACCGGCUAUAUUCUUUUGGGUUCGACGUGUAGCCGUUUUUGUACAUUCAUAUGAUGCCGACACUGAACAUGAACCAUUUGCGCAAGCCUACUUCCGACGAGGCAGAGAGCCAGAGUCCGAUGUGGCGCGGAGUUAGCUGCUUGACAUAAUGGAGGAGAUGUGCAGUGUCAACUGUAUGUAUAUAAUGGAAUAUGGGAAAAAAGAGCUUUUGCUACAUGCCUAGACGGCUUUUCCCGUGAGCUUUCUGUGAAUGCGCGCCCAUUGCUAAAUAGUGUACUUAAUCGUAAUCAAUAAUCGAUCAUAGGAAUUCAAGAGACCCUACGACACCCUCCA